AUGUUCGGCUCGCUUGUGGACGCGUUUAAGCGCUACGUUGCCGGUUCGGAGCGGGCAUUUUUGAUGUCCAUUGAAGACGAGCAGGUGGUCCCCAAGGGCGUAGUUGCAGGUUCUGGCGACUUGAGACGGGACCUUGAUCUGUUACAGCGCGAACUGGCCGAACAGGCGGUGUAUUUGGUGGUGCGCAACGAUGGCAUUUCGGGCAAGUUCAUAUUUAUCUCGUUUGUCUUGGACAACGCCCCGGUCAGAAGCAAGAUGCUGUAUGCCUCGACGAAAAACACGGUGAUUAGACAGCUGGGGGUCGAAUUUUUCCACCCAAUUGUGUUUAUUAACGACAAAGCCGAACUGAGUGGGGACGCGUAUGAGACGUUGCGGGGCACGGACCGCGCGAAGCCGCUAAGCUCGAGCGAGGAGUCGCUGGCCAAGGUGAAGCAGAUGGAGCUGCUAAGUGGGGGAGGUAUCGAGAGACGCAAGCAGCAGCUGGUGGGCGCCGGCUCAAGCGCAGUGAAGAUGGGCGUGGAAGGCGAUCUUCUGGACAGUCUCAGGGGGCUGGAAAUAGGCCAGACGUUGACGAUCGUCAUUGGCGGGGACGAGCAGUUCCGCGUCGACGGCACAGCCACGGCUACAGGGCUCGGCGACAUUGGCUCCACAAUCCCCACACAUUCCCCCACGUAUACGGUUGCCCGCUUUGGCAACGGGUACUACUUUGUCUACUGCUGUCCGUCGGGAUCGAAAGUGCGCGACCGCAUGGUGUACGCGUCGAGCAAACAGGGCCUGCUAAACGACCUGAAAAGCGGUGGCAUUGACUUUAUAAAAGUAGUGGAAGCGGGCGAUCCAGAAGAAAUCAUCGCUGACGAGGGACCAUUGCCGGCCCCUGCUGCCCCUGCUUUCCACAAGCCAAGAGGUCCAAGAAGAAGAUAG